UGCUGGGUGACUACCAUCGGAGCUAUGUUACGUUUCCUCAUACAGCUCGUAAGUUUCACUUACCUAGGCUCGAACUUUCGUUGUCUGGCUGUCCCGAUAACGCUCGAACUGACCCCAGCCCCUACGCCAUAUCCUACGCACCCAAUGGACGAUCCAGAAUGGGAGCCACCUCAAGGACCCCAGCAAGAGUUGGAUCAGCAGUUUUGGAUCAACAGCGGUCAGCAGCUACUGCAGGAACAGCUCUCCAAAAAUCGUCUAAAUCGUAACCUUGCCAAGAACGUUAUCAUCUUCAUCGCCGAUGGAAUGUCCAUCACAACACAAUCAGCUGCACGGAUGUACAUGGGUGGCGAACACCUCGCCCUAUCCUUCGAGAUGUUUCCGCACACAGGGUUGGCCAAAACGUACUGCAUCAACUAUCAGGUGUCGGAUUCGGGGUGCACGGCCGCGGCGAUUCUAACCGGAGUGAAGAACAACUACGGAACGAUCGCCGUCAGCGGGAACGUACCGUUGAUGAAUUGUGAGCGUAGUUUGGUGGAAGAGAACCGAUUGAACUCGAUUCUCAAAUAUGCCCAGCAGGAUGGACGUGCGACGGGGAUUGUAACCAAUACUAGGAUAACGCAUGCAACACCAGCGGUUUCCUAUGCCGUAUCUGGGGCACGCUACUGGGAGGACGACGAGGAUGUGCCUCCUGGUUGUACGGAUAUUGCCUUGCAACUGAUUCACGGGGAUAUUGGGCGGAACUUGACCGUGGCCAUGGGAGGCGGCUCACGGCAUUUCUAUCCAGCUGGUGCUUCCAUCGAAGGACAUGGGACGGUUGGAAGAAGACGGGAUGGUCGGUUUUUGGUGAAUGAGUGGAUCCAUGCUGUUGACCAGAGAGGGGAAAGGGGAGCUUUCGCACGGAACCGACAAGAGCUGGCUAGCGUUGACGUGCGGGUGGUUGACCGUCUGCUGGGACUUUUCGCUGGAAAUCACAUGAGCUACCGAAUGGAGAACGCAGUUGAUGAACCAACGCUGGAGGAGAUGACUGCCAAAGCAGUGGACAUGCUUUCCAGGAACGAACGAGGAUACGUGUUGAUUGUGGAAGGAGGCCGAAUCGACCACGCCCAUCACGAUAACCUAGCCCGGCUCGCUCUGGAUGAGACGGUUGAGUUGCAUCGGGCAGUGCAAUAUGCAGCUCGCCAUACCAGCGAACAGGACACCUUGAUCGUAGUCACGGCAGACCACUCCCAUACCCUCACCAUGGGCGGAUAUCCAGUUCGCGGGAACAACAUCCUGGCGACCGGGGACUUUUCCCGCCUAGAUCGGAUGCCUUUCUUCACGCUAACCUAUGCCAAUGGGCCGAGCUACUUUGACCACUUCUCACCAACGGGCGGCCGCAAGAAUCCCCUCUUCAUGGACUCCCAAAGCCCUGCAUUCACCUUCCCGGCGGCGGUUCCCUACGAAGACGAAACCCACGGCGGUGAUGACGUUGCCGUUUUUGCACGCGGUCCCUACUCUCAUCUGUUCAGUGGGCUGUACGAACAACAUCUGAUAGCACAUCUGGUUUGGUACGCUUCCUGUCUGGGGCCGGAAGAGAUGCAUCACUCGCAAGUCUGCUCGGAUCGGAUGACGGGUGGAAAAGCUGGCAUAAUCGGAAUUCGCUGGAUUCCGAUGGCUUGUCUUGUGGCAAUUUCUCUAUCCGAACAACUGGCAUUUUAAUCAGGUUAAUAAAAAUUCCUUCACUUCACAA